UCAACAUCUACUGCUGGAUUUCACCAGGAUCCCCCAGAUCAUCUUACACCGGAUAGACCACCUGCAGGAUUAUUUUGGAAAAGAAGAGGGUUUCUCUGACCAGCAGCUAUGUGGACAGGAGAGGAAUUCCAGUUUGGACCAAGAGGAACCAGAACCUCUGCAGAUCAAUGAAGAGCAGCAAGAACCAGAACAUCCCUGGACAAAAGAGAAAACCAUGGAACUCCCCAUAAGUGAGCAGGAAGAGACAGAUACAGGAGGGAAACCUUUCUCAUGUUUGACAUGUGGAGAAAACUUUAUAAAAAAACAACAUUUAGUGGAUCACAUGAGAACUCACAAAGGUCAGAAGGCUUUUGAAUGUCUGUCGUGUGGAAAAAGCUUCACUCAGAAAUCCAGUCUUGUUUCACACAUCAGAAUUCACACAAACGAGAAGCCCUUUUCCUGUACCAUUUGUAACAAGAGUUUUACCCACAAGAGUACUUUGAAUUGUCACAAGAGAAUUCACACUGGUGAGAAGCCUUUUGAAUGUCUGUCCUGUGGAAAAAGCUUUAUGUAUAAAUCUCAUCUUUAUAGUCACACCAGAAUUCACACCGGUGAGAAAGCUUUUCCCUGUACCAUUUGUAACAAGAAUCUAUCUGACAAGUGUAAUUUGACUUCUCACAUGAGUAUUCAUACAGGUGAGAAGCCUUUUCCAUGUCUGUCCUGUGGAAAACGCUUUGCUCAGAAAUCUACCCUUAAAACACACAUGAGAAUUCACAUGGGUGAAAAGGCUUUUUCCUGCACCAUUUGUCACAAGAAUUUUACUGCAAAAAGUAGUUUGACUUCUCACAUGAAAAUUCACACAGGUGAGAAACCUUUUGAGUGUCUGUCCUGUGGAAAAAGCUUCACCUCAAAGUCUUAUAUUAACAAACACAUAAGAAUGCACACAGGUGAGAAGCCUUUCUCUUGUACAAUUUGUAGCAAGAAGUUUACUGACAAAAGUACUUUUACUUGUCACAUGAGAAUUCAUACAGGUGAGAAACCUUUUGAAUGUCUGUCCUGUGGAAAACGCUACAUUCAGAAAUCUAGUCUUAAUAAACACAGGAAAAUUCACACAGGUGAGAAGCCUUUUGAAUGUCUGUCCUGUGGAAAACGCUUCACUCAGAAAUUUUGUCUUACUACUCACAUGAAAAGUCACACAGGUGAGAAGCCUUUUUCCUGCACAAUUUGUGGCAAAAGUUUUAAUCUAAAAGGUAGUUUGACAGGACACAUGAGAAUUCACACAGGUGAGAAGCCUUUUAAAUGUCUGUCUUGUGGAAAAAGCUUCACUAAAAAAUCUAGUCUUAACACUCACAUGAGAAAACACACAGGUGAGAAGCCUUUUUCCUGCACAAUUUGUGGCAAAAGUUUUACUGUAAAAGGUCAUUUGACAGUACACAUGAGAAGUCACACAGGUGAGAAGCCUUUUGAAUGUCUGUCUUGUGGAAAAAGCUUCACUAAUAAAUCUAGUCUUAACACUCACAGGAGAAGUCACACAGGUGAGAAGCCUUUUUCCUGUGCAAUUUGUGGCAAAAGUUUUAUUACCAGUAGUAGUUUGACAUCACACAUGAGAAUUCACACAGGGGAGAAGCCUUUUGAAUGUCUGUCCUGUGGAAAAAGCUUCCGUCAGAAAUGUGAUCUUAAUACUCACAUGAGAAUUCAUAAAGGUGAGAAGGCUUUUUCCUGUGGAAUUUGUGGCAAAAGUUUUACUCGAAAUAGUCUUUUGACAAGACACGUGAGAAUUCACACAGGGGAGAAGCCUUUUGAAUGUCUGUCCUGUGGAAAAAGCUUCCGUCAGAAAUCUGGUCUUGAUACUCACAUGAGAAUUCAUACAGGUGAUAAGGCUUUUUCCUGUGGAAUUUGUGGCAAAAGUUUUAUUACCAGUAGUAGUUUGACAUCACACAUGAGAAUUCAUACAGGUGAGAAGCCUUUUGAAUGUCUGUCCUGUGGAAAAAGGUUCCCUCACAAAUGUGUUCUUAAUACUCACAUGAGAAUUCACACAGGUGAGAAGCCUUUUGAAUGUGUUUCCUGUGGAAAAAGCUUCACUCAGAAAUCUCAUCUUGAUGACCACAUGAGAAUUCACACAGGUGAUAAACCUUUUUUCUGCACGAUUUGCGGCAAACGCUUUACUAGAAAAAAUAAUUUGACUGUACACAUGUACAGAAUCCACACAGGUGAGAAGCCAUCUCCUGAAUGAUUUGUCCCAAAGGUUUUAAGCGAGAAGGUAAUUUGAGUAUUCAGUUGACAUUUAUUAAUGCAUGAUGUGGAAGGGUUUGUAUUUUUUUUUAAAUAAUAGGGAAAUCAUAUUUUAAUGUCAAAUCAUUGUUGCUUAAGUAUGUAUGUAAAUGUACUCUUUUAUCAUACGAUAUUGUCCAAAAGAAAAUUUCUGUAAAAAAAAAAAAAAA